CCAUAGCGUUAGGUUACCACUGACCGCAGGGAUGACAUGGAGGAGGGGGUGCGGUGCUGUGGAAGGGGCUACAAGAGCACUGGGCACCACGGGUCAUUGCUUUUAAGAUUGUUCCAUCCCCCCGGGUUCUUCCUCUUCACUUUGUUGCGUUUAUGAUGAGAACACUGCUGAGGUCAUCACUGCCCCAUCUAGUGGUCAGCAGAGCGCACUACAAUGACACAUCCAAAAUCAAACGCCUCCUGCUGUCCAGGAUUUACCAGCCCGGUAAUCUAUGGAAAGAAAACUCGCCUGACAUUCAAGCCAAAUCGAAUGAGCCCACCAGCAAGAGUCAGCGACUUAUGUUUAAAGCAGGAUUAAUCCGCCCCACCAGCCCGGGAUGCUUCCAUUAUCUUCCCCAUACUGUGCGCUCAAUGGAGAAACUCGUUCGUCUAAUAGACCGGGCAAUGCAGGAGAUCGGGGGGCAGAAGAUUGACAUGGCGACCCUCUGCUCAGCAGCUCUGUGGAGGCAAAGCGGACGCUGGGAUCUAGUGGGAAAAGAGCUGCUGUGUUUGGUGGACCGGCACAAUCAGGAAUACUGCCUAGGGCCGACGCAUGAAGAAUAUGUUACCAGUUUGGUCGCCACCGAAGGCGGCAUCAGCUACAAGCAGCUCCCUCUGCUGCUGUACCAGAUCACCCGGAAAUUCAGAGAUGAAAAGAGACCUUGCUUCGGUUUGCUGCGUGGCAGGGAGUUCUACAUGAAAGACAUGUACACUUUCGAUAUAACUGAGGAGGCCGCCUACCGCACCUAUAAUAGCGUGUGUGAUGCCUACGCUAACAUAUUCCGCACCCUUGGAUUGAAGCAUGUGAAAGUCCAAGCAGAUACCGGCAAUAUAGGGGGGAAGAUGUCGCACGAGUUUCACCUCCCUGCCAGUAUCGGCGAGGACAAACUGAUGGUGUGUGGCAGCUGUGAUUUUGCCGCCAACGUGGAGACUUUGUACCCGGAUGAUAAGAGUUGUCCUAGCUGUAAAGGAGAGCUGGCAGAAAGCAAGGGCAUCGAGAUAGGGCACACUUUCUACCUCGGCACCAAGUACUCCCAUGUUUUUAAUGCUGUCUGCCUUGACGCUCAGAACAAGCCUGUCGUGGCCGAAAUGGGCUGCUAUGGCAUCGGCGUUUCGAGGCUGUUGGCAGCGUCUCUAGAAGUUCUCUCUACCGAGGAGGAUAUUCACUGGCCAGGUCUGAUUUCCCCAUACCAGAUUUGUCUCAUCCCCCCUAAAAAGGGAAGCAAGGAGACGGCGGCAUCGUUGGUGGCAGAAGAACUCUAUGACUCUAUAUCCGCAGUUCCUCAUAUGAGUAACGAGGCCGUUCUUGAUGAUAGAGAUCACUUAACUAUUGGGAAAAGGGUAAAGGAAGCUCACAUGAUGGGUUACCCCUAUAUUAUUGUCAUAGGUAAAAAAGCAUUAGAGAGCCCCCCGGUGUUUGAAGUGCAGAAUCACAGGACGGGUGAAGUCCAGUUUCUUUCCAAAGAAGGAGUAUUAAGCUUUAUACAAGAAGUCCGGGUAAUCUAGGACACUAAUAAAAGGUGUAAAAUAAUUGAUAAUAAAGUCCUGAGAGGUACAGCUUUGGACAUUUCCUUUUUAUUUAGAUGGACCCCUGGACUACAAGCUAUGUAUCAGCCUUAAAGGCUAUGGACACCUUUAUGCCCAAAAACAUCAAUAACCCCAUAUCUUACCGUAAUGCAGCACAUAAUAAAAUUGCACUUGUUUGUU